AUGUCAGACGUACAUGACGCAGAAAUCGGUGCAGCCAAUGCAGCCAAGGACAAGGCUGCGAGACAGGCUAAAAUAACUCCUACUAAAGCAGAAAAAACCCAUAUCUUUGCUGAAAUAGUCGGCAAUUCGCAGCAUGUGAUAGAUACGAGGGUGGAAAAACAGGAGACCCAGUCACAAGCCCCAAACCGGAGGUGGAGAGCAGUCAGGACCAUCACAGCUGCAUCUAUUCAACAAAAAGCUGCAGAAUCAUCAAAGAGGAGAUUAGAAGGGGAAGUCCAAGAAGAUGCGGUACUGGUAUCACCGAAAAAACCAAGAAUUGGGCUCACGGAAGAAGAAAUAAGGGCGCUUGGUAGAGCUAUGAAACAGGAGGUAACAGAAAGUACAUAUAGAUUGUUAGCGCGGAACGGCAUCACUAGAAAGUAUGGGAAGGACGGGGCGAAAGUAAAACUGGGAGAGAGAAGGGGAGGAGGAGAUGUUGGAGAAAGAAGGAAGGAAAUAGAAGAAGGGAAAAGAGUGGAGGAGACUAAAGAGGGUGAAACGGAGGGAGAGGAGGGAGAGGAGGGGGCGGGGGUGGAGGAGACCGAAGAGGGUACGGAGAAGGAGGCCGAGGGGGGGGAAACUGAGGGGGAAGGGGGGAAAGAUGAGACUGAGGAGGAGGAGGAAACCGACGGAGAAAGGGAGAAGGAGAGUGAUAAGGGAAGGGAAGUGGAUGAAGCCGUGAAAGCUGAAACGGAGGCGGAAACGGAGACGAGGAGAGAUCGAGGCGAAGACAAAGACAUAGAGGGUAGAAGAAGGAGAGAGAGAGGGAAAGAGGGGUCGAACGGUAAAGGGAAAGAAGAGCAGAAGAGUGAAGUAUUAACCCAAAUAGAGGAGGAAGCGGGAAAAGAGGAAUCCACUUCCACGCCAGGCAGCUCAUCUUUAGCUGAUUCUUCAGAAGAAGAAUCUCCAGUAGUCACUGCUGCAAUAUUUUGA